AUGGAAGUCGACAAUGUGCCGUCGAUGGUUCCGCAGAAAAACUGGGAGAUGGCGAAUCAGAUUGAGAAUGUCGAUUCGGUAUACGAAUACAACGAUCAAAUGCAAACUGAGAUGAGAAAUGCUCGUCCGUGGGACAAGGAUCCGCAUUAUUUCAAGCAGAUUAAAAUUUCUGCAAUUGCUCUUCUCAAAAUGACGAUGCAUGCGAAGCGCGGUGGAAAUUUGGAGAUUAUGGGUCUUCUUCAAGGCCGAAUCGACGCCAAUUCGUUCAUUAUUCUCGACGCUUUUGCUCUACCGGUCGAGGGUACCGAAACCAGAGUUAACGCGCAAGCGCAGGCCUAUGAAUACAUGUCGGUUUACACGGAUCUCUGCGAAAUGGAAGGAAAAAAGGAGAAAGUCGUUGGCUGGUAUCAUUCGCAUCCGGGCUACGGCUGCUGGCUUUCCGGAAUCGACGUCUCGACACAAUCGUUGAACCAGAAGCAUUUCGAGCCAUGGGUGGCGAUUGUCAUCGAUCCAUUGCGAACGAUGUCGGCGGGAAAGGUCGACAUCGGCGCGUUCCGAACCUAUCCGGACGGCUAUCAUCCACCGGACGACAUUCCGUCCGGCUACCAAUCGAUCCCAUUGAGCAAAGUCGAAGAUUUCGGCGUCCACUGCAAACGCUAUUAUUCGCUCGACGUCACCUUCUUCAAAUCGCAACUCGACGCUCACAUUCUUUCGGCGCUCUGGAACAGCUAUUGGAUAUCGACGUUGAGCAGCUCGCCGUUGUUCGCCAACGUCGAAUUCGUCAACAAUCAGAUGAACGACAUCACGCAAAAGUUCGGCGCGAUUGAACGCAAAUACGCGUCCAACGACAAGAGUCCGUCAACGCUUGAGGCCAUCGAAAAGAUUGUCACCGACGCGAAAGCCAUCGGCGACGAGCUCGAAGCCGGCCGAAUCUCGCAUUUCGUCAAGAAGUUUCUGUUCUCGCGAAAAGCUUGCACAUGCAAAGAAGAGGCCGCCGUCGCGUCGGACCAUGUGAUGGAGGACGUGCACGAAGGCGAGUCGAUGGAGUAG